AUGGAUUUAAACAACACGCUGCUGUACCUGUGUUGCAAGAUUGUAGAAGGAAAUGGAACUGAACUCACCGUGGACGCCGAGGUGGGCCUGGUGAAUUACCCCGUGGCCUCUAUUUUCAGUCAGCUGGAUGUCACACUGGGAGACCACCUUGCAAGCCAAAGCAACAACUGUUACCCUUACAGGACCUUUAUAGAAUCGGUGCUCAAUUACAGCAACGACACCCUCGCCACGCAAUUUUCCAAUGGCCUGUUUUACAAAGACACUGCUGGACAACACGAAGAAAUGGAGUUGGAUGGUGGGAAUCUAGGGUUUGUGGGGUGUGCAAACCUGAUGGCCCAGAGCAGGAUGGUAGAUCUGCUGGGUCAUCUACACAGUGACCUGUUUUUUCAAGAAAAACUUUUGUUGAACAGACUGGAUGUGAAAAUUAAACUGACACGCACUAAAGAUGCCUUCUGUUUACUGGGCAGUGCAGCCGAAGGCUUUAAACUGCACAUUGUAUCAGCGUCCCUUUUUGUGAAGAAAGUACGGGUGGCCCCGAGCAUUCGUCCGGGGCACACAGAGGCCCUGCUUACCACUAAUGCUAAAUACCCCGUGGGCCAUGUGGGAAUGAAAGUGUUUAGCAUCCCUGCAGGCAGCAGGGUCAGUAACCAGGAGAACUUGUUUUUGGGACAGUUACCCAAAAUGCUUGUCCCAGGGUUUGUGGAUAAUGAUGCCUUUAGCAGAAGUUACGCUAAAAAUCCCUUCCAUUUUACACAUUGCGAUAUUCAUUUUGUGGCCUUGUAUGUGGAUGGUGAACAGAUACCAACCAAGCCUCUGCAACCAGACUUCAAGGCAGGGUGUUGUGUGAGAGAAUACAUGAAUCUAGUACAGACAGCUGGUAAACACAUGAAAGAUCGUUCUCUGUUAAUCGACCAUGAGGAGUUUGCACAGAGUUACUCCUGGUUUGCCUUUGACCUGGCUCCCGACCAGAAAUGCAUCGAUCUCUAUUCCCCGAUUAAAACCAGGAACCUCGAGCAGAAAUAG